UUUAGCGUCGCUACAAGUUAAGCUAAAGUAUUCCACGGCGGCAUACGGUAAAUGUUUUUAUCACUACUCAUACAUACUCAUACAAACUCACUAAGCCUGGGCUGUAAAAAAUGGACAAAAUCACAACAAAUAGUUCAAGUAGCCAUGCGUAAAGUAAGCGCAACGCUAAGUAAUUUUGUCGUCGUGUCUUGGCAUUAAACAGUUGAUCAAAGUUACUCUAUAAAUGUGAUGUUGCUGGUCUCAAUAUUUUAAAACACGUAUCUGGAAAUAAACAAUGUCCACUCAGAAAGGGCCAAAGCCCUCCGUUCGCUUUGGUCAGGUAGUCAUUGGACCACCAGGCUCUGGUAAAACAACUUAUUGCCAAGGGAUGCAGCAGUUUUUAACUGGUUUGGGACGAAAAGUGAUCGUGGUGAACAUGGACCCUGCGAACGAGGGUCUCCCGUACCCUUGUGAGGUGGACGUCUCUGAGCUGGUCACUCUGGACGAUGUCAUGGACGGUUUGAAACUUGGACCUAAUGGAGGACUCCUGUACUGUAUGGAGUAUUUACAAGCAAACCUGGACUGGCUUGAAAAGAAGCUCAGUAAACACAGUGACUGUUAUUUUCUAUUUGAUUGUCCUGGACAAGUAGAGCUAUACACGCACCAAAGCUCUGUAAAAGAUAUAUUCACACAGUUGGGCAAGUGGAAUUUCAGGUUGACAGCCGUGCAUCUUGUGGACUCUCAUUACUGCACUGACCCAGCCAAAUUCAUCUCUGUGCUCUGCACCUCUCUGUCCACCAUGCUGCAUGUGGAGCUUCCUCAUGUCAACGUUCUCUCCAAAAUGGACAUAAUUGAGCAAUAUGGCAAACUUGCAUUCAAUCUCGACUUCUAUACAGAAGUUAUGGACUUGUCAUAUCUUCUUGACCAUCUUGCUUCAGACCCAUUCUUUAAGAAAUUUCGACAUCUUAAUGAGAAGUUGGCAGAAGUCAUUCAAGACUACAGCCUGGUGUCUUUUGUACCUCUUAAUGUACAGGAUAAAGAAAGCAUGAUUCAGGUCUUACGAGCAGUGGACAAGGCCAACGGCUACUGCUUUGGUGAUUUGGAGGAGAGAAAUCUGCAGGCCAUGAUGUCAGCAGCUGUGGGGGCAGACUUCCAGUUUGACUCGACACUUGGAGUGCAAGAGAGAUAUGUUGAAACCAGCAAAAAGAGUGUGGAAGAAGAAAUGAUGGAACUGUAAAAUGUAAUAUUAAAAAAAAAUGUAAAAACUG